CCGGCCGCCGCCAUGGUUCCCCCGGUGCAGGUGUCGCCCUUCAUCAAGAUGGCUAGAUACUCAGCAUUGUUCGUUGGCAUUAUCUAUGGCAAGACACGCUAUGAUUAUUUGAAGCCUGUUGCAGAAGAAGAGAGAAGAAUCGAAGCUGAAGAGAAAAAGAAGCGAGAGGAGCUUGAACGAAUUGCAAAGCAACUGGCUGAAGCAAAUGAAGACACAAUAUUGAAAUGAUUGAACCCAACAAAAGAAUGGAUGAAGAAUAUCUUGCGUGCACUUCUGGUUGAUAGUAUGGACGUAAAUAUAAUCAAGACUGCUUUCUGGUGCAUUUUCCACCACUUCAUAGUGAAAAAAUAAAAUUUAUUUGAACAAUAAAAAA